AUGUGGGAGGAGAACUUCGACACAGAGCAGUACUCUCCGGUCUCGUGGGCCGUGUACUUCGAGCAGAUGGAGGACGUGUGCGUGGGGGCGUCCGACUGCAGGGACGUGUUCCGGGUUUAUAAGUCGUCCCCCGUGCCCGUCCGAUGCAGGGACGUGUUCCGGGUUUAUAAGUCGGGCUCCCAGGGGCCCCUGCUGGUCCUGCUGCACGGGGGGGGCCACUCCGCUCUGUCCUGGGCCGUGUUCACCACGGCGAUCACCAGCAGAGUGCGCUGUCGAGUCCUCGCCAUGGACCUCAGAGGACACGGAGCCACUUCCGUGCGUGAGGCCGGAGACUUUUCCACUCAGACCAUGUCCAGCGACGUGGCGAACGUGGUGCGGGCGUGUUACGGGGAGACUCCGCCCCCUGUGGUCCUGAUUGGUCAUGGCGUGGGCGGAGCCAUCGCGGUGCACACGGCCAGUAACGUCCACGUGCCCAACACGGUGGGACUGGUGGCCAUCGACGUGGUGGAGGGCAGUGCCAUGGACGCCCUCCACAGCAUCCAGAACUUCCUCAAACUCCGACCCAAGUCCUUCAAGUCCAUGGAGCAGGCCAUCGAGUGGAGUGUGAAGAGUGGGCAGAUCCGGAACCUGGAGUCGGCUCGAGUCUCGAUGGUCGGACAAAUCAAAAGGUGGGAGGUGGAGGACAGUGACCCGGUGGACUCGCAGCAGCUGCAGUUCUCUGGCUCAGGUCCUGAAGUCGAGGUCGAACACGGCGAAGAAUUUUUCCACCAACGAGACGAAAGCGAGAGGGCGGAGCCAGAGGAGAACCAGGGGGAGGGGCAGAGUGUGUACAGGUGGAGAAUAGAUUUGUCGAAGUCGGAGAAAUACUGGGACGGUUGGUUCAGAGGGACGUCCAAUCUGUUCCUGAGCUGUGACCUGCCCAAACUCCUGCUGCUCGCAGGAAUCGACCGUCUGGACAGAGAUCUGACCAUCGGACAAAUGCAAGGUGAAAACAAACCUGUGGCUCUGAGAUUCUGA